AUGGCUGAUGCCGUCAAAUUUAUCCAGCUGGUGGAGGAGGAGGAGGAGGAGGAGGAGGAGACGGAGCAGGAUUGGCCAGCGGACAAAGUUGACAUUAUGGAGGAAUUGGAAAGUGAAAGGCCGAUGAGUGUUGAGUUCAAAAACCUUUCAUGCGGAUCGGCUACGCAGCCUCUAGCCGACCAAUACAAUUCCGCCAAAGAGAAUCAACUGGCAAGUCUACGACAGAUGGGAUUUAUUGCACCAUUCUGCAAUCCCGGCAUGAUUCCUAUUCUUCUCCCUGGGCUUAGCUGA